CUUUUUUAAACGAUUAUCAAUUAUCGAAAUAUCCUAAAUUUAUGGAAUUUCCAAAUAUAGGUUCAUAUUGUUCAUAUCCUUCUUGCAGAAGAUUGGAUUAUCUUCCAUUUAAAUGCUUAUAUUGCAAUAAAGAAUUUUGCAAUGAUCAUAAAAAUGAAGAAAAUCAUGAUUGCGAAAAAGAACUUGAAGCUUUUAAAUCAAGGAACAUAAAUAUAGUUCCAACAUUAAAAAAAAAAAGCUCACCAAAAAAUCUUAUUGACUAUUGGGAUAAAAACCUUGAUCCUUUGAAACCUAAAAACAAUAGAUCUUCUGAAACAAAAAAAUCUUCUAAAAACAAUAUAAAAUUUUCUGAAUUAUGGCACCGGAUUUUCAGAUGUUUACAUAGCUGUCAAAAAUCAAAAUCAACACAUAUCGCCAUUUUAAAAUUAAAAAAAGAAGCUAAAGGAGAAACAUCAAUACCCCUUUCAUCAAGAUUGUAUAUAAAAGUAAAGUUUUCGUAUUCUAAUAGUGAUUUUCUAACUCAAAAAUUUUUUUAUAUUUCAAAAGAUUGGUCAUGUGGUCGAUCAUUAGAUUAUCUUAGUAAAAAUAUUGGCAUCAAAAAUGUUAAUUCAUCAACUAAAAACGAGAAUGAUAAACUUCAUUUAAUGCAUAUAGAAUCAGGAAAAAUAUUAGAACCCUCAAAAAUAAUUGGUGACUGUAUCAUAACUGGAGAUACAGUUGUACUUAUGCGUGGAAUUAAUUAUCACAAAAAAAUAUAAUAAAUUUACUAUAACUCAGUACAGAUUCCUUUAAAACUACAUCAUG